AUGGGAGAUAGUACAGUCUUGGAAGGAGGGAAGGAGGUGUGCAGCUCAAAUGCUGCGCCUCCUGGAGGACGGAAGGGUCGUGUUUCAAAGGAACCAUCAGGGGAUUCGAAGAUGAGUGACAGCAACAGCAACUGCAACGAGAGCAACGGCGUGAGUGACAGCAGCAGCAGCAGCAGCAGCCUCCGAAAAGUAUGGACUAAAGAAAUGGAAGAGGUGAUGGUUGAUGCAUGCAUGCGAGCUUUGAAUUACAGCGCAAGACGCGAUUUAGAGCGUCGUGUUAGAUCUGGAACUGGCACGGAGGCGCGCGCUGGAGAGCAGAGUUGCUGCAGCGCUGCUACUCAUCAGGAAACUCAGGGAACGGCUGAAAAAUGUCAGGAUAGCUGCAGCAGCAGCUGCCACACGCAUGCUUCUGCACAUACAGCGGGAGCUGCUGCCGCGUCUGCAGCUCCUGCAUACCGCUUUUGCAAGGAUCCUGCCGACGUCAUUGGCGCACGUUUGGAUGACUGGACUUCUAGAGAUCGAAUCAAAAGUCUGCUUCCAGCUGUCUGCGAACGCGCAGCGAAGGUGUACAGCAACGUCGUCGGAAAAGGGCAUAAAGAUGGUCUUACUCUCGAGCGAGGCAGCGAGGAAGACCGUCAUUUGCACGAAGAAAUUCUCAAAGAGGCGCUCCUAAGGGAAACGCAAUUCAGAGUCAACCAAGAGAUGCGACAAGAGCAGCUUCUGGAUAGCCGCGAAGGCGGCUUGCUUGCUAAUCCUUCUGCUUACGAUGAGGGGCCACUAAGUUAUCUGCGAUCUGAAACCAUACGCGAUUUAAUGGUGGAAGGCGUUGCCGUUCAACAUGGCUUCGUUGGAGAGGCGAUGAGGAGGCAGUGCUUGAAGGAGCUGGAACUGCUGGAUUUCGACGGACGGUUCAAUGAAGUCUUUCAGCAAAGCGUCUUGGACGUUCGGAAAGACUUCAUGUGCUGGAUGGCACUUUCGGAUCUCGACAGAGAAAAUCAACAGGGACUGCGCCAUCUGCUGAAGUGUCUGUUUGCACUUCCGUUUGAACUCAACAAAAAGGCAAACCUCUGUCUUCAGGUGGGGUGGGUGGUACAAAUGUCAGUGUUUCCCCCUGCCUCCUUCUACCGCAUGCAUUCGGACGGAGGCUUCUCGCAAGAGCGAAACAACGGACGCAAAAUAACCGCUAUUUACUAUCCGAAUGCCAAGGAUUGGCAAGUACGCCAGCUAGCUAGCUAG